UAACUGCUUGACCAACUGGCAUGACUGCGACAGCACAGGGACAUCCUCCUGUAAGACACAUAAAUACAGAGACAGAGGUCAUACAUCCCUCCAUUCCUUCCCCCAGCAGUUUAUGAAUGAAAUCCUCUCAUACAUCUGACAGAUUUCGUGCUACAGAAAAAAAAGAAGAAGGUGGAAAGGGGAAGCAGCAAAUUUCCUGAAUCUUAAAACUUUCCUUGGUGUGGUCAUACAGUUUUUUCCUUCUCAUUUUUAUCAACCACCAAAGCCACAGCGGUUUUUUUAUAGCAGCUCAUAAAAUUAAUCCUGUUUUAUUGUCCUCCAAAAAUCUUCCACCAAACCGAUUCGUCUUUGCUGAGACGGACGUCGAUUACACUAAAAUGUUGUCAGAGCAAAACGAAAACUUCACCACAAUUUUAAACUUCACAACCCCGGUCCCUGGUGGUGGUAGAGGCAGCUGCCCACCAGUCGGUAUUCAGCUGGAGGGUCUGAUCAUGCCCCCAGUCCUCACCAUUGAUGUCAUACUGGGGCUGCUGGGAAACAUAGUCGCCUUGUGGAUCUUCUGCUUCAAACUGAAGGCUUGGAACCCCAACACCCUGUUCCUCUUCAACCUGGUUAUCGCUGACUUUUUCGCUCUGGUGAGUCUGCCACUGAGGAUUGACGCCUUGCUCAGGGGCUACUGGGUGUUCGGAGAUGGCUUGUGCCGGAUCAACCUCUUCCUGAUGUUUUCCAACCGCUCGGCCAGCAUUGCGUUGAUGACAGUGGUGGCGAUUUACCGGUACUUUAAGGUGGUGCACCCUCACCACCGGUUCAACCGAAUGACCAAGCGGCAGGCUGUGUAUGUGUCCAUGUUUGUCUGGCUGCUGGUGAUCAGCCCGCGGGUUCCCAUGCUGGCUUACAGCCACAUCAAGGGCGGUGGCAACAGCACCCAGUGCUUCUUCUUCACGUCUUACAAAGAGGCGUCCCGCGCCAUCAUCAUCCUGGUGGGCAUGCACCGGAUCCUGACGGUGCUGGAGUUUGUCAUCCCUCUGGCCAUGCUCCUGUUCUGCUCCAUUCGGAUCUCCAGCUUCCUGAAGGAGAGGCAGAUGGGAAAACCAGACAAAGUGCGCAAGGCGAUGCGAGUAUGUGCCGCCAUCGUUGCAGUGUUCAUGGUGUGUUUCCUGCCCACCACAGUGACAACCAUCGGGGUGUGGGUGGUUCGGUCAUACCGCCCGUGGGACUGCGCCGCCUUCUACACCUUCACUCAACUCACCAUCGUAUCUUUGGGGCUGAACUUCCUGAACUCGGCCCUGGACCCCAUCAUCUACGUCUUCUCCAGCUCCAUGUUCAGGAAGGCCCUCUGCAACUCCCUGCCCCACGCCCUUCGCUGCGGUCAGGACGCUGAUGAGAACACGGCAUCUUCAUCAGGAACUCAGUCAACCACCCAACAGGAACUAAAGUCCAUGAGGGCUGACAGAGGGAGUGAAGCCAUGUGACAAGCUUUUCCUCCAUGACAAAGACUGGAUCAGGUGUUUGCACCUGCUCUGAUUUCCUUGACUCAUGUUACAUCUGUUUGUUUUUGUUUAUUUGUUUGUUGAUGCUGUUUAAACUAUGAUUACAUCAGUACAUUUUCAGUAUGUAAAUAUACUUAAACCUUUUGCAGAUGAACAAAUUACAGAUGUUCUUAUUGAUUAUAUCCUUAAUUAAUACUUAUGAGCUUUACACUGAGUAAAAUACUGAAACCCAAACCGAACUCAGACUGAAUUAUUCUGUCUUGUGCAUUUUAGACACAUAGAAUUGAUGCUUAAGUGUUUGGUGUCUUUGGAAACGUUGAGCUGAGUUUCAGAGGUUAAAACGAGGCAGGAAGCUACAGUGAGUCCAACAGAAAAGUCAAGCAAAGGAAAAGCCUGGAUGUCAGAUGAUCAGAACAAAAUAAAGUCUCUGCUGUGGAAGCAUCAUCUGUUCUGCACCACACUUCAUUAAUGUUCCUGUGAUUAUUCGUAUAAAUAAUUAUUAGGAUGA